AGCGUUGGCGUAGAGAAGCAGGCUCCUCCAGCAUCACUGUACUGUGCAUGGCCUUUACUGCAGCUGCAUCUACAACUCGUGGUGGCAAUAAUGAGACCGGCAGCUUAUUUCAUCAAGACAACCUGAUCAUAACAACGGAACUGUUUCAUUUCUAUCGUUAAAGGAAAAAUACCACAAUGGUUGCGCUGAUAUUUGCGCCUUUAUGGACACGAAGGGUCGCGGCUGUCUUCACAUUUAUUUCACUAUGGGGAUUUGCGCUCUCCAUCACUCGCUACUCGAUUCCGGAGGAGAUGGAGGAGGGCUCCUUUGUCGCCAAUCUGGCCACAGAUUUGGGUAUGGACGUGCACAGUCUAGUGCAGCGCAGCGCAAAGCUCGAUGUCAUCCACAGCAAAAAAUACCUCGACAUCAACAAAGAGACGGGGGAGCUGGUCAUCCGCGAGAGGAUGGACAGGGAGAGCAUAUGCACGACUAAGACCGCCUCGUGCUUUCUGAAAAUGGAUGUCAUCCUCGAGAACCCCAUUCGCAUCUUCAACAUCGAGCUCGAAAUCCUGGACAUCAAUGACAACGCGCCCGUGUUUCGCAGGAAGACGAUGCUCUUGGACAUCUCGGAGGCAACCCCUCCCGGCGAGAGGUUCUCCUUGACGAACGCCGUGGACGCGGACGUGGGAGCCAAUUCAAUCAAGACCUACUAUCUCAGUGAGAGCAAAUACUUCAUCAUUGACAUACAAACUGGCAGCGAUGGCUCUAAAUAUGUGGAUUUGGUCCUUAAUGGUAAAUUGGACAGAGAGGAGCAGGCAGUUCAUAAAUUGAUUUUAACUGCUGUGGACGGAGGAGUACCUCCCCGUUCUGGCACAGCCAACAUCAUUAUUAAUGUCCUGGAUAUCAAUGACAACGCCCCCCUCUUCAGUCAGCCGGUGAUUGCAGUCAGUAUUCCCGAGAACUCAGCUGCAGGGACAGUGGUCCUGACCUUAAACGCAUCAGACUUGGAUGAAGGCUCAAACGCGCAGUUAACGUACUCGUACACGCUGUACACCUCGGAGAAGACGCAGGAGAUCUUCUCCCUCGAUCCAAACUCAGGUGAGAUCAGAGUGAAGGGGGUGCUUGAUUUUGAGGAGAGUCCAAGUUUUGAGAUGUACAUCCAGGCUCAGGACGGAGGAGCGAACCCACGGUCAGGGCAUUGUAAAGUGACUGUGUCUGUCACGGAUCUGAACGACAACUACCCUGAGGUGACCAUUAAGUCUCUGAGAAGUGCCCUGAGUGAAGAUGUCUCUGUGGGGACGCUGGUGGCAGUGGUCACUGUCCAAGACAGGGACUCGGGAGACAAUGGCGAAGUGGAGAUGACCUUGAAUCAGCAGGAAACCUUACCAUUCGUGCUGAACAAAUCCUCAGAGGGUUACUUUGAACUGCUUGUGUCAAAGCCACUGGACAGAGAGAUGAGGGGCAGAUAUGAAAUCAUACUCAGAGUGACAGACAAAGGCUUGCCGCCCUUAUCUGAAAACGAGACCAUCAUUUUAGACAUUCUGGACAUCAACGACAAUGCACCUGCAUUCCCUCAAUCCUUCUAUACAAUCCAUGUUGUGGAGAACAAUGUGCCAGGAGCAUUACUGACAUCCCUGAGUGCACAUGACCCAGAUCUAAACGAGAACCAGUACUUGGUGUAUUUCAUAAUGGAGAAGGAGAUCGUUAACACGUCUAUGUCAAUGCUGUUCUCCAUCAACCCCGAGAACGGCGACCUUUACGCUCUGAAGACCUUUGACUACGAGCGAGAGAGGGAGUUCCUCUUCCACAUUGAGGCGAGAGACUCUGGGAUUCCCCCACUGAGCAGCAACGUGACGGUUCACAUCAUCAUCCUGGACCAAAACGACAACACCCCUCUCAUAGUGUCACCAUGGCGAGCGCAGGGCUCCGUGGUCGAGGAGGUGAUACCCAGGUCCACAGACAAAGGCCACUUGAUCGCCAAAGUGAUCGCUAUCGACGCAGAUUCUGAGCAGAACGCCAGAGUCACUUAUCAGCUCCUGCAAAAUAGCGACGUAUCUCUCUUCAGUCUCGAUCAGUACAACGGCGAAAUCCGGACAACAAGGAUGUUCAGCUACAGAGACCCAAGACAGCAGCGGCUAGUCAUCGUUGCCAAAGACAACGGUGAACCCGCUCUCUCCGCCACUGUCACCAUCAAGAUAUCGACCGUGGAACACGUCAUGUCCUUUUCAGAGACGACAGAGUUGCCACUAGAUUAUGACGUAUUCACUGACCUAAACUUGUACUUGGUGAUUGGUUUAGGAGCGGUGUCAUUUCUGCUUCUGAUCACCAUCCUGGUUAUUAUUGUGCUGAAGUGUCAGAAACCAAAGCCAAAGGCCAUCAAGAUGCCCCCAGGGAAUAGAAACAGUGUGGUCAGCAGAAACAGCAUGAUCAGCCAGAGAAGCUCGACCAUCGCAGAUUCCACGCUGAUAUCCAGCGAUGCCUACUGGUACAGUCUGUUCCUCGCAGAGACCAGGAAAGGUAAAGUGGUGGUGAGACAACCCAUCAUUCCAAAAGGAGCUGGGUAUUUUGUGUCCAGUAUACCCAGGAGCAUAGGGCCAAGUGAGACCACAAACUCCAGAGCUUCCACACUGGAGUACUCAAAAUGAAAGGAAGCCCCUUCUACAACUGAAGCAGGAGCACAGAAGAGAACUGCCAUGAUGUAAUCAUCUCUUCGUGGGAGUCUCUGUAUGAAACUUUUCCCUCCAUGACUCACAAAAAAAAAAAAGAUACUGUUCAAGAACUGUCCAUCCUUCCAGCUGCUCUGCUCUCAGUUCCUUCCAAUCCCCUACACGAACAUUGACCGCCACACGCCUCAGAUUUGGACCUGUCCUCUCUUUUUAAAGCAUGAAUCUGCAUGAUUCUACAGAACAAGUUCAAGGUAUUUUAAAAGUAUUUGGAUAUAGAAAUGGACUGGUUUAUGGAAGAACAUCUGGAUAUUAAUAUAGAGUGGUCUCAUGUUAUAAUAAUCCCCUCAUUCGUACAGCGACGGUUUUUAUAUGAGAAACAGAGACAUGGUCAGUGCGGACUGGACCGAGAAUGAACUUGAGACUGACAACUAGGAAAGGAAAAGGAAAGGAAAGCAUCUGUAUUGUCAUUAUAUAACCAGUAUUGCACAAUGAAGUCACCAGCAGGGACACAAGAUAAAAGCGAUUUUAGCCACUUUAUAAUAGGCUCACCUUAUAAAGUCUACACUCGCCUGCCAGUAUCCUUUUUCCAACUGGAAACUGAAGUUUGUGUCGCAUUGUGAAGCGCUCACUCGCCCACACCAAAGUCCAUGGUGAAAACAAGCAAUUUUACAUUUGCAGCAGUGGAUUAACACAGGAGCUGUUGUUCCACUGCUGCCUCCAUCGCCAAGUUCAAAUGCAAUAUUUUGCGACUUCAGUGCUUAAAAACCUUUGUUUGGAUUUUCAUUAGUGACACAAACUUACCAAAUGAGGCUGCAGUAGACCAGCAGCUCCUGUUUUACCUCAAGCUAAAAAGGAUGAUUUUCUCUAUGGAUAUUGGAGCACGUGAAAAGUUGCUUGCCUCUGGAGAAAUAAAGCUGCAAACAUACAUGUAUAUAUAUAUGUAUAUAUAUAUAUAUAUAUAUAUAUAUAUAUAUAUAUGUAUAUAUAUAUAUUUUUUUUUAUUAUUUUUAUUUUUUUUUUAUUUUGUUGACUUAAGCCUCUUAUUAAGUGGUAAAAACCUGUUUUCCCUUGUGUCCUUGCUGACAGUGAUGUUUUCGGGGGGGGUUCGUGUCCAUGUUUCAAGCUGGUUCGCGGUGCAGGCAGAGCACACACUGCAAAUACUGCAAAUACUGCAGACCAUGUGUCAUUAUCUCAUACAACCACGCCUCCAAAAACCUGAAAUAUCCCUAUAAGCUCCUCAGUGGACACACUUGCCUUCUCUCCAGGAUUACAUCGCGCGCUGCAGUUCUAGAAAGACCAUCGGUAGGUUCAACGUCGUGCAACGUGUUGAACAACUAAACAUGAAUCAGGGUCAAUAUGAUUCUUCCAUAAACCUCACUGGUCUGUAGCUGGGUACGUCAUCGAUUCAAGCUUUGCACUUGAUGUUUUUCUCGCUUUGGGUUUUUUUUUUAAUAGGACAUUUCUACUUUAUUAUGAGUCCUGCUGUUUAUCAAGGCUCUCGUCGUCUUUCCGAUGAAAAUAAUUAUUGAUAAAACUAGAUUUGUUUUUGUUUUUUUUACUGUUUGUUGUACUUCUAGUGAUGAAUGUAUGAACAUGACAAAAAAAGAGAAUGAAAGGAACGUGUAAAUUAGGGUAUGACAUAUGAGAUGCACUGUUUCUCUUUUAUUUGAUUGUAGACGUACUUAAGAUUUUUGAAAAUCAACACCAGGUGUGCAGAUAUUUGUGGUGCUCUAAAGUAUCUGACGCUAGACAGUAAAACACAGCAGUACUGUGGCAUUGUCUUUCCAAACAGGGACGAGAGAAAAUGUUUCAGAAAUGGGGCGACAACGAUUAAUUGGUUAUUAAUUGCUAACUAUUUUGGUAACUUUUUUUUUUUUGGCGUGUUAAUAAAAUAAAAGCCAGCAGACUAAAUUCAGCUUCUUAAAUGUGGCUUUCUUUCUGGUUUCGGGAAAGAAAAAAAUGGUUGUGGACCAAAAAAAUGAGGAUCAAUAUUUUAUACCAUUUUCUGCAUUUUAUGGACCAAGCAACCAAUCGUUUACAUGAGGAAACGACCGACUCGAUAAUAAGUUGUGAAAAUGUUCUUUAGCCCUAAUCGGAAACAUAAACUGCUGAUGUAUGAGAAAGGUGUGUGCUCAGGUGAAACUUUUACACCUCAAAAACAGUCAAAUGACAGAAAACAUUUUUUUUUUCAGCAUACCAAUUGCCCUCUCUUUAUGACAGUAUUAUCGUCUCUGCUCGAUUUUAACCAAUUUCUCCCAGGUUAUGAAAACUGGCAUUUCAAUUAUGAACGACAUUUAUUCACUGCACACUGGAAGUUUUAUUUUAAUCAGGAAAAAAAAAAACAUAUAUCGAAAAGAGCAAGAAUAUUAUAAGGUUUUUUUAUCCUUGUCAUGGUAGAAUGGAAUAUACAGUGAAAGGCUUUUACGAGUAUUAAUGUUUUUAUAGAAAUUUGAUUUGACUAACUCUCAGUGUUGCUUUUGUGAGCUUCUUCCAGGUUGUAUUUUGUGUUGCAUAUUUGUAAUUCAAGUGCAUAUGAUGUUGUUUUGAUAGUGUAUAUAAGGUCAAGGGAAAACAAAGAGUACUUUUUUCCUUUUACCUCAAAGGUAGUGCAGUUGCACUACUGUUAAAGGCCCAAAAAAAGGAUCACUGAGUAGGGGCUGAUAAAUCAUUAAAUCUAAUAAGGAGAAUGUUGUGGUAUUCUGUAUAGUAUAGCAGUAUUCCAGUACUGACUGCUGAAAAUGAAAUACAUGUUAAAUAGAUGACAGCACUUUGAAAUAUGCAUUGAAACUAAGCGGCGGUGCAGCUUUCGGAGGUAUCCGGUUACAUAAUGCGAGUGGGGCAAAUCCAACCUCUAUUAUUCGAUUAUUCUCCUCUCACUGUUACAGCAGACAUAAACACAGCUGUCGCUCAGUCUGUUAGAUGUCAUUUGACAGGGGGAUCUCUUGCCGGGGAGUCCAUGUUGUACGUGCAACCAUUGCCCCAACCAGCUGAUUCCACCAGAGUUUAAAAGUAUUCCUAAAUUGCACAUAUGAUGAGCUCCUUGCGUGCCUUCUGCAUUGUAAAAGACGCCGUCUGCGCGACUGUUGAUGAAUAAACUGAUGGUGUUUGGUAGAGUAUUACAAAUACAGUUAUCCCCGUGGACAAACAAACAAAAAAAAUACCACUUCAGAAAAAGUAAACGACUGUAAAUUGAACCACUUUAUACUUUGUGGGUUUUUUUGAUACCGUAGACUUUUUUGAUAUCUUCUGUGUUCACUGUGAUCAAAUGGCACAGGAGGUGCUUGUGCUAGCUAUGUUAACAAGUCUGUCAUUUCUCAUUUGUGUAAACAACUUUACAUUGUUUUGGGUUUUUUUGUUUAGUUUCUCCCUCUGUUGAUUUGCCAAGUACAGAUUGUACAGUUUGCUCAGAGACUCACAUCAAAUGUAAUCCAACUCAUCUCACUUAGUGGAAUCAAAGACAAUAUUUUGGAGAGAAUGGCCUCGCUUUAUUUUCCAAGUUAAUUGUCAAAUUUUGAUGUUGCUUAUUUGGCGUUCAUUGUUCUGCCUGAUCAUGCUAGUUUGAAUAAAGCUUUUUAAUCAGUC